UGGCAAUAUGGUUCCACUAGGAGGCUGUUUGUUUGGAAGGCAAUUGAGGAAACAAAAAGCCUAGGUAGCUUCCAGAAACAGGAGAAGCCGAGUUGAAAGAGUCGAAAAGGUAGCCGAGGGAAGCAAGGGAUGUUUGGCUUUGGCCCCGACGUGCUAUAUGAGACAUGGUGUCGUAAUGCCGAUCUCAUCUUCCAGAACGCUUCCACCACGGGUCUUCCGCCUGGGAUGUGCGGGACACAGGCGCCCGGAGAUGGUUCGGCCGGAGACACCCCGUCCAAGCGCCGGCGGCCCACUCGGGGUGUGGGGGAGGAAGGCACUCUCUCGAAAGGGCGGAGGAGGGAGCUACGAAAGGGCAGGAAACGAGCGGGAAAAUACCAACUUACUGGUUCAGCGCGGCAUCGAGAUUGUAAUUAUUGUUCCUCAGGUACUGUCGCAUUUCGUCCAACAGUCAGCGCGUGUCAUGCAAGGCAAGGAUCGAAGGCCCAUCGGUAUCGGGCCGAAAGAGCACCCCAUCGGCCAUGCGGUGCGAGAGAGCGCGACGGUAGUGGUAUUCGGGAUGACAGCAGCGCGCGGGGCAGACAAAAGAAAAAGGGAGACAAGAAAAUAAAAAGGGGAAGCAAAACCCACCGCCUGCGCGCUCUCCCUCGUCGCUUUUGUUACCGCUACAAACUGCUCGGCGGCUUGGGUCCGCCUCGUCGAGGUCGCCGGCAUUUUGACGGUUCCUACAAACGACGGCAGGGCCAGGCAGCCCCUGGGACGAUGUCGCUAAAGGAAAAGGAGAGGGCGAGGACGGGAGAUGGUAGGGUAGUUGCGCGCGUUUGUGGAUGCCGCGUCGGGUCGUACGGUAUGGGCGCUCUUGAAAGUGCAGCUUUGCACGGUCGCGAGGGGUUCGGUCGCAACGGGUUGGGUUCGGUCGCGGCCGGUUCUUGUGGCUCGCAAGAUCAGGUCGUUUGUUCGACUUCAGGUUCUUGCCAAGGCUGGCUCCUUGGGCAGAAGAAGGGUCGGUGUUGCGGUCGAAUCGGGUUGCGGGACACGCGAUAGCGGGCCAGGUGCUGUUUGCGCGGGGCUGUUGUUGGGUUGGAGCGGGGCGAGGCGGAGGGACGCGAAACGAGGUCGACAGCCUCGCGUGCGAGUUUGUUGAGGGUUGGGUCCUUUUAAUCGUUUGGUCGGGGGUAAUGGUUGGUCACAGAAUUCCUCCGACUGACCAACUGAAGAAGAUUCUGCAGCUGGACGAGGCCAGGCAGGCGCGCGAGGCUGAAAAACGUCAUGGCGGGGGUUGCAGCGCAUCUGGACGGGCCUGGGGGCCGUGGGCCAGAGUUGGAGACCGAGGGG